CCUUUUUUUUUUUUUUCUUUCAUUUCUCUCCCCAAAACCUUAAAACAAUCGAAAACCAAUCACCACCCAAAAUUCGCCUCUCUCUCAAAAAGUCAAAACAAAAGAUGGGACUGGAAUUGCAGGGUCCAAAAUCCCUUGUGGGCUUUGUUCUUCUGCUCCUCCUUGCUGUGAUCGGCGCCGUGGCCCCCAAAUCCAGCAGCAAAGCAAGCAUCGGAGGAGGAAGCAUCUACGAUCACCUCCGGCAAUAUGGCUUGCCCAUCGGCCUCCUCCCCAAAGGCAUCACGGAAUAUUCCCUGGACGAUUCCAGCGGCGAAUUCCGGGUGUUUCUGCCCCAGCCUUGCCGCGCCAAGUUCGAGAAUCAGGUCCGCUACGAUUUCAACGUCUCCGGGACCCUCACUUUCGGCCGAAUCGCCGACUUGUCCGGCGUCUCCGCUCAGGAGCUCUUCCUUUGGUUUCCGGUGAAAGGUAUCCGAGUGGAUGUGCCCAGCUCCGGCCUCAUUUACUUCGAUGUCGGCGUUGUCGACAAGCAGUUCUCUUUGUCCCUCUUCGAGUCUCCGCCCGAUUGCACUGCUCUUGAUCCUUCUGAUCCCUCCUCCUCUUCUUCUUCUUCUUCCUCCAAUUCCCCAUCUGAGCUCAACCUCAAGACUCUAUCAGAAGAUGUUGGGUACAAAGCUGCUUCAUAGAUUGUGCAGGAGGGGAGAGAUACAGUUGAAGUAAUCUCGAUCAAGUCAAGCUGAGGGAUUUUUAGUUUAGUUUAUGUUUUCUCCUUUUGCCUGAAGUGGAUGACAAAGUUUCUGGUUUGGCCUUUGAAUAUGUGUGCUUGCUUGCUUGCUAUUCUGUAUGGACAUGUUGGCCUGAUGCUCGUGUCUUUGCGGGCAAAAUUAGAACAAUUUUGGUAAGGAGAAGAGAGAGAGAGAGAAAGAGAGUGAAAAGAGACGCAAUGAAGAUUGGGCUGGUUGGUCUACAUAUAUAGUAAUAUUAGUAUAGUCAAGAGUCAGACGAGGGCGUCGGGUCAGGUUGGUUCUUGUUCACAGAUUUGCUUGAAAUUUAUGUCAAUUGUUGUCAUAAUAUAUAAGUUUACUUGUUAGUAUGGAUACGAUACAAUCAUAUAUUGGUUGUUCAGUUGUGUAUUGAGUUUGAUUCCGUCUUCUGUAAAUGUUAAAGAAACUGAUUUCCUUGUGGUGU